CACAGGUCACGUCUGUAGAGGAGUAGGCGGGUGACAGUCUGCAAAACACUUUUUUGAAGAUGAUCCGUAUCUGUGGCCCUAAAUUAUCGAUAUGUUGCUCAGUUUUGAGCGUGUGGGGGAUAGUUAUGCUCGUCAUUAUGGGCGUCUUCCUGUUCACGCACAGUGUGGCCUUCGCGGAGGAUCUUAACAUCGAGGCGAAAGGAGACCGCGGAGAGUUCAUCACCGAAGUGAACAGGCAAUACACACAGGCGGCAUACAACUGCUGGAUUGCAGCAUGUCUAUAUCUUGUUACCCUGGUCGUGUCCGUGCAGCAGAUCUACGUGAAUCGCAGGGCAAAUUAUGCCAUGUAGAGAUGUCAUCUGAAGUACGGAAGAAUUCAGUUGCAUUCCUUCGAAAGUUUUGCCUGCUGUAUGAAAUGCAGUGUUUUAUGUAUGUGAAUAAUCGUUCCACUGUAAAAAACAACAACAACAAGUCGUAUGUUGUUUUCCUAGUCCUUGUUGUAUAUAUAUGAAGCAGGUGCUGUACAUAUAUCGGUAGGAUUUCAUCGUGUCUAUCAAUAAAAAAUCUAAAUUA